UUUUCCAGCCGAAAGCCGUCACUCCCUUUUUGUUUCGUAAAAUGUACUCAAAACAAUAUAUCAGAAAAUCGCAAAAUUCGGGAUAUUAUUUAUUUAAUAAUACAAAUAUAAAAAAAUAAAUGUGUUACACAUGUUAAUUUUACACUAAUAAUAACAAAACCAAAAAAAAAAAACUAAAUUGAUGUAUAACAAAAUACUCAAUAUGAAUGUCGUGGUAUUUUUGCUUAACGUGUUGAUUGUGGUCGUGGUCAGUGGAGGACCAGCAUGGAGAGAAGUUCACAGAGGCGGUGGUUUAAGAGUUGGAACUGGUGGUGGUAAAAACACCACUUCUUCUAGAGGAAAUGGGAUUCGUAUUGGCGGAAGCACCAGAGGUGGAAGAAUUUCCACCACUGUUAUGCCAGAAGAAGAUCAUAUUAGUCAACCAACAGCAACCGCUACUUCUAAUCACGAACAUACCCUUCUUCAUGUUGGAAUGGUUCUGCCGUCCAAGUUAUUUGGUGUUAGAGAAUAUACCAAAGCUAUUACUUCGGCUAAAUACAACUUACAAAGAAAACUGCGAUUGUUUAAACAUCAUGACUUUAAAGUUCACAUUGUGUUGAAAGAAAUGACUCCUAGUCCAACAGCUAUAUUAAAAUCCCUUUGUAAAGAAUUCCUUUCGGUUAACGUGUCGGCCAUUUUAUAUCUAAUGAAUUACGAGAAAUACGGACGAAGCACGGCAUCCGCGCAAUAUUUCCUUCAAUUGGCUGGCUAUCUUGGAAUACCCGUCAUCGCCUGGAAUGCAGAUAAUUCAGGAUUGGAAAGAAGGGCUUCACAAUCGUCUCUGCAACUUCAAUUGGCUCCAUCAUUAGAACAUCAAACUGCCGCUAUGUUGAGCAUUUUAGAAAGAUACAAAUGGCACCAGUUUUCUGUUGUUACGAGCCCAAUUGCUGGUCACGAUGAUUUCAUUCAAGCUGUUCGUGAAAGAGUGUCAGCCAUGCAGGACCGCUUUAAGUUUACCAUUCUUAACGCCGUUCUUGUAUCACAUCACCGAGAUCUGGCUGCACUGGUAGAUUCUGAAGCUCGCGUAAUGUUACUAUAUUGUACAAGUCAAGAGGCGAUAGACAUACUCAGUGCCGCUAAGGAUUUUCAUCUUACUGGAGAGAAUUAUGUUUGGGUAGUAACACAAAGUGUUAUUGCCAACCCUCUUGAAGCGCCAGGGCAGUUUCCAGUUGGCAUGUUGGGAGUGCACUUCGAUACAUCAAGUUCCAGUCUGGUAAACGAGAUAACAACCGCAAUCAAAGUGUAUGCUUAUGGUGUAGAAGAUUUUACGAAUGAUCCUGCGAAUGCGGGACGUUCCCUAAAUACACAACUCUCCUGCGAAGGUGUCGGUGCUGCUCGAUGGAACACUGGAGAUCGGUUUUUUCGAGUGUUGCGUAAUGUUAGUGUUGAAGGUGAUGCGGGUAAACCUAAUUUGGAGUUUACACAGGACGGAGUUCUUCGUGCCGCUGAACUGAAAAUAAUGAAUCUGAGACCAGGAGUUAGUAAGCAACUGGUGUGGGAGGAGAUUGGAGUAUGGAAGUCUUGGCAGAAAGAAGGCUUGGAUAUUAAAGAUAUCGUAUGGCCAGGAAACAGUCACACCCCACCACAAGGAGUACCGGAAAAGUUUCAUUUAAAGAUAACUUUUUUAGAAGAACCACCAUAUAUUAGUCUAGCUCCUCCUGAUCCCGUGACCGGAAAAUGUACAAUGGAGAGGGGAGUUUUAUGUAGAAUUGCUAGUGAUGCCGAUAUCACCGAAGUCGACACGACUUUAGCACAUCGAAAUGGCAGUUUCUAUCAAUGUUGUUCGGGCUUUUGCAUCGACCUUUUGCAAAAAUUUUCCGAAGAACUGGGUUUUACGUAUGAACUUGUUCGUGUUGAAGAUGGAAGGUGGGGGACCAAUGAUACCGGAAAAUGGAAUGGGCUAAUAGCGGAGCUCGUUAACCGAAAAACAGAUAUGGUUUUGACAUCACUUAUGAUCAACGCUGAAAGAGAAGCAGUGGUCGACUUUAGCGUUCCGUUUAUGGAAACGGGAAUCGCAAUAGUUGUCGCCAAACGUACAGGAAUAAUUUCACCAACAGCAUUUUUAGAACCUUUUGAUACGGCCUCCUGGAUGCUCGUCGGUGUUGUUGCUAUUCAAGCGGCAACUUUUACGAUCUUUUUGUUUGAAUGGUUAUCACCUAGUGGAUUUAAUAUGAAACUGGCUUUAAAUCAGUCAACGCCAUCGGCAUCACAUCGUUUUUCGUUGUUCCGCACAUACUGGUUGGUUUGGGCUGUCCUUUUCCAAGCAGCUGUCCAUGUUGAUUCUCCAAGAGGAUUCACAGCUCGUUUUAUGACCAACGUUUGGGCCAUGUUUGCCGUAGUCUUCCUAGCCAUAUACACUGCCAAUUUAGCAGCCUUCAUGAUCACCAGGGAGGAAUUUUUUGAAUUUUCAGGUCUUGAUGAUCAACGCCUAUCACGACCAUUGUCGCAGAAACCAAAUAUCAAAUUUGGGACAAUACCUUGGUCGCACACAGACUCAACAAUAGCAAAAUAUUUUACAGAGAUGCAUGCAUAUAUGAAACAGUUUAAUAAAACAACAGUUCUUGAAGGAGUUGAUGCAGUCUUAAGUGCUGAAAUGGAUGCUUUUAUUUAUGAUGGAACCGUACUCGACUAUCUUACUUCUCAAGAUGAAGACUGUAGACUACUUACUGUGGGAUCAUGGUAUGCAAUGACUGGUUAUGGAUUAGCUUUUCCAAGAAAUUCUAAAUAUUUAAAAAUGUUCAACAAAAGACUUCUGGAUUUUCGAGAAAACGGUGAUUUAGAACGUCUGCGCCGCUACUGGAUGACCGGAGUGUGUAAACCCGGUAAACAGGAGCAUAAAAGCUCAGAUCCUUUAGCUUUAGAACAGUUUUUAUCAGCGUUCCUAUUGUUAAUGGCGGGUAUAUUACUCGCUGCUCUUUUAUUGUUUCUCGAACAUUUAUAUUUUAAAUAUGUUCGAAAACAUUUAGCCAAAACUGAUAGAGGAGGCUGUUGCGCACUCAUCAGUUUAUCAAUGGGUAAAAGUCUGACUUUUCGAGGUGCUGUGUAUGAAGCUCAAGAUAUAUUAAAAAAUCAUCGCUGUAGGGAUCCUAUUUGUGACACACAUCUUUGGAAAGUGAAAAGAGAACUGGAUAUAUCCCAGAUGAGAUGUAAACAGUUGGAAAAAGAAUUAGAAGCACAUGGAAUUAAACCUCCACCUCCUUGCAAGCGGCGUCAGCGUAACAUCACCUGUCUUUCGUCCUGCCUGGAUUCUUCUGAAUCACCUGAUGUUAUCGUUUCCGGAGAACAAGCAAGGUCUAGGUUAAGAAGUUUGAAUCCAGAUAAAGGCAGCAACUCUGAUUUAUUUGGUCAGAAAACAGAAAUAGCGGAAAUGGAAACUGUACUGUGAUCUAAGAAGAAAAUCGAGAUGAACAACACCAAAUAAUUUCUGAGUACGUUGGUACUGUCAUCAUUGCCUGAAAAAAUAAACUCUUAUGAAUUUGGUGCAUUGUUAAAUAGUAUCAGUGACCUACAUAAGUAACAUGAUUAUAAAUAAAUACAUACUUUGUGCCGGAUAAAUUCAUCACUCGUCAGAAAUAGUAUAGAUCGAAAUAUUUAUUCAUACUGUAGAUAGUCAGUCGCAAAACUCGACCGUUAUAAAGUUAAACUGACUGAAUGUUGUAUAGGUUACAAUUUUUAUAUGUAUAUCUUAUGGACUGGAUACUGUAGUAAAAAUAUUUUAUCAAAUCAAAUGUAAACUAUAUGACUUUCUGUUAGUUUACAUUGUUGUUGCUAUAAUGUUGUUGCUGUUAUUGUUGAUGUUUUCACGCUAUAAAUUAUGUCAAUAUGUAAAAAGGUCAUAAGAAAUUUGAAAUGUAUAUUUUUGUUACUCGAAAGAGAUUUUUCUCAAGCAGAGGUAAUUGAGUAUCCGCCAAUAAACCCCAACUAUUUCACUUGUAACAAGGAGAAAUGAAAGUAGAAUUAAAUUUUUAUCUGCAUAGUUAUGCUCACAAGACUGCAUUUUUCAAAUAAAUUUAAAUAUUUACGAAUGUAAAUCGAAGUUAAUCGUCAUAAAUAAAAUUCCAUAGCUGAAAUAAAUAUUACUAACAUACGUAAUAGCUAUUUAAGUACAUAAUACAUUGAAAAUUUCUAAUGACCACUGAAUUCAACUUAAUAAAGGAGUUUGUUUCAGACAUCUUAAUCUAAAUACUUUAUGUUGUUAACAGACUUUGAAAAGUGCAAUAAUAUGCAAAAAUUUUGAAAUAACCGUUCAUUUUAUUUUAAAAAAUACUUUCUACUUUAAGAACAGACUCCUUAACUAAAGUUCUUGACAGUUCAAAACUCAUUUGUGUAGGAAGUUUUGAAGACGAUGUUAUGGCCAUAUCAAAGAAUCCACUUUUAGAAAUUACAACUGUAAAGUCACGAUGAAAAGUGGACGUACCUACCUAAUUUAACAAAAAUAUUACUAUAUCUAUCACUUUAUGAGAAGACCACUAAUUUAAUUCAAUUUUAGCAAACGAAAUAACACAAAUUUUUAGAAACUGAUCAGAUAUAUUAAUGAAAAUGAAAUAUACGGUAGGUAAAUAUAUAGUUUGAUAAAACUGAACUUUACACAUUUUAUCACUUUUUCAUGUGUCAUACCUUGGUUACACAAAUGGGUUUUUUUACUUUCAAGAAUUAAUUGAUGACGUGGAACACUUUUCAGAAAUUAUUCGAAUGAAUUCAGUGUAUCUAAUAAUUCAAUACUAAUUUGACAUAUUGAAUUUAUUCGUGUUUUAAAAAAUGUUCCAUAUUCGUAUAUUAAUACUCUAAUUUUGUUAU